AUGACACAAACAAAUACUUUCCCUGGAUAUACAGUUAAUGGAACACCGGUUUAUCAACCGGGACAAAUAACCAUACCAAAACAUAACACAACCGGUUUUAGAUCGUAUGACGUUUACCCCGUAUCUGGGUACAACACUACUGAAUACAACACUCAAAUACCUGGAUAUGGGAAACCAAGCAUUCCAGAUACGUAUAAUUAUCAAGAUCCUAACCAAAAUAAUUUCAGAGGAUAUUUUCAACAAAACAUUACAGUCACACCUGAGUACGGAAUUCCUACACCCGGUCCGGAAUUAACCACACCGGUCACACCGGAUGACGUCAGCGAGUCUGAUAUUAAUGUGACUCAGAUAGCGUGUGUGUUGUGUAACAUUGGAUGUCCAGCGAAUUAUUCUAGAAAAGGAUUUCAUUGUGUUCCGAAUGAUUAUGAUUAUGAAUAA